UCACUUGACCAACCAAUUGCCAGCGGCUACAGUAUCACUACCAACUACGUAUCAGCAGCUACAGUACCGCAUGACCAAGUACCGCAUGACCAAUUACGUAUCAGCAGCUACGGUACCACUCGACACGUGUCAGCGGCUACAGUAUCAUUUGACCAAACACGUAUCAGUGGCUACAGUACCACUUGACCAAUCACGUUCCAGCUACAACGAAAUCACUAGAUCAAUCAUGUCUCAGCAGCCACAGUACCAUUUGACCAAUCACAUAUCAGCAGCUGCAGUACCGCAUGACCAAUUACGUAUCAACAGCCGAACUAUCAUCCGACCAAUCACGUAUCAAUACCACAGGCUACAGUACCACUUGACCAAUCACGUUAGCGACUGCGGUAUCACUCGACUAAUCACGUAUCAGCAGCUACUGUAUUACUUAACCAAUCAAGUAUCAGCAGCCAAGCUAUCAUCCGAUCAAUCACGUAUCAGCAGCCACAAUACCAUUUGACC